AUGAGUGACUCGAUGCAUGAUUUGGACACCGAUCCAUUGAUAUCGGUCUCGGGCGCUCUCGUGUUGCUGCUUUCUGGUGGUGUUGUUCUGAUACUCGGAUGCCUCUGCGUAUCCGUCUGCAUCUGUUGUCGUUGUCUCAAACCAGUUCCACAAAUUAAAGAUGAGUCUCUGAAUUACGGUGGCGGCACGUCGCCUCCUGAACCGCACCAAUUUUGCCCUCCAUCACCACCAAAAUUGCCUCUACCACAGACGACGUCCGCUUUCACGCCGAGGAAACAAGUAGGCGUUACCAUUGCUCAUGACGGCUACACACCAGGGCGAUUCACAGAUGAGUUUGGAAGCCCCAUCAACGCAGAUCAUCAUGACUACGCCUAUGUUAGGAACGAUGUGCACCGUAAUUUAUUGUAA